AUGACGGAUACGCUUGAUGAGAAGAAGGUGCUGGAUAGUACCGCUACCAGCGAUGAUGAUGUGCUUGCGCAACUGGGGUAUACCCAGGAGUUGAAGCGCAGUUUUGGACUGCUGGGUAUGAUUGGCUUCUCAUUUAGUAUCGUCACAUCAUGGACUGCACUAUCUGGCGUUCUUACUAUCGGCGUGGAAUCCGGAGGACCGCCAGUCAUGAUAUGGGGCUGGUUGUGUGUUUGCUUGGUCACGCUCGCAGUGGCGUAUUCCAUGGCUGAGAUGUGUAGCGCAUACCCUGUUGCUGGUGGCCAGUACAGUUGGGUUGCCAUACUCGCUCCUUCGCGCUGGGCUAAAUCAAUGAGCUAUCUUUUUAAUAACAAUGUAGCUGCAAACUUCCUACUUGGGACCGCCCAACUAAACUACGGGUUCACCAUUGAACGCUGGCAUACCGUCCUAGUCACGUACCUGAUUACAUGGGUCGCAGCCACCUCAAACAUCUACCUCCCACAUAUCCUCAACAAGCUCUCCAAGGCCAUUUUCAUCUGGAACCUGACCUCGUUUGCCGUAUGCUUCAUCACCAUCCUGGCCACGAACGACAAGAAACAAUCGGCGAGCUAUGUAUUCACCGACUUUCAAAACUUUACCGGAUGGAAUGUGCCAUAUGCCACAUGUCUCGGCCUGCUGCAGUCGGCCUUUGGAAUGUGCUGUUAUGACGCACCAUCACACAUGACGGAAGAGCUCAAGGAUGCGCGUAAGCAGGCGCCUCGCGCAAUCGUCAUGUCAGUGUACAUCGGAUUCUUUACCGGCUUCGCAUGGCUCGUCGCGCUGUGUUUCUGCAUUGGCGAUCUUGAGGCAACGGCCAGUACACCGACUGGAGUGCCAGUCAUUGAAAUCAUGUUCCACUCUACAAACAGCAUCGCAGGAACAUCUGCCAUGGCCUCAAUGUUAAGCGUAAUCACCGUGGUAUGUGCCAAUUCGCUCAUGGCAGAGGGAUCGAGGGCUGUCUAUGCGUUUGCACGUGACAACGGUCUACCGUUUUCCAACGUGCUCAGCACUGUAUCCGAGCGAUCGGUUCCCGUGUAUGCAGUCUUGCUCACGACCGUUGUGCAAAUGGCUUUCAACUCUAUCUAUUUUGGCACAACAACUGGUUUCAAUACCAUCAUCGGCAUUGCCACUCAAGGAUUCUAUCUAUCAUACCUCAUGCCUCUUCUCUCUCGCAUCCUGGCACACUUUUCAGGCAAAAAGACACGUCUCGAGGGCUCAUACUCGCUCGGAAGAUGGGGCAUUGUGCUCAACAUCAUCGGCUUCUUGUACCUCACCUUCGUAUGCGUGGUUUCGAACUUGCCCACCGUUACGCCCGUGACGAGCGAGAAUAUGAAUUACACGUCUGCUGCCACUGGCGCAGUGAUGCUGCUUAGCCUUGUGUUUUGGAUCAUGACAGGCAGGAAGAAGUUUACAGGGCCAGCGUAUGAUGAGUUCGCGGAUACGAGCAGGCUGGCUGCGUAG